CGGCCGCGUCCCCGGGGUGACGGAAGGAGCUGGCUGGGGAGCGGGCGCUGGGUCGGCCGCGGGGCGCCAUGGGCAAGAAGCACAAGAAGCACAAGUCCGACAAGCACCCGUAUGAAGAAUAUGUAGAAAAACCCUUAAAGCUGGUACUAAAAGUCGGAGGAAAUGAAGUCACUGAACUCUCUACUGGAAGCUCAGGACAUGAUUCAAGCCUCUACGAAGACAAAACUGAACAUGAAAAACACAAAGACAGGAAAAGGAAAAAGAGAAAGAAAGGAGAAAAACAGAUUCCUGGAGAGGAAAAAGAAAAAAGAAAGAGAAAAGUAAAGGAAGAUAAAAAGAAGCGAGAUCGGGAACAUGCUGAAAGCGAGGGAGAAAGAGAACUGAAAUGUCAGACUCCUGUGAGACUGGAAUUGCCACCAGAGAAACCACUGGCGAGUAGUUUAGCAAAACAAGAAGAAGUGGAACAAACACCACUUCAAGAAGCUUUGAAUCAACUCGUUAGACAGCUGCAGAGAAAGGAUCCAAAUGCUUUCUUUUCAUUUCCUGUGACUGACUUUAUUGCUCCGGGCUAUUCCAUGAUCAUUAAACACCCAAUGGAUUUUAGUACCAUGAAAGAGAAGAUCAAGAACAAUGGCUACCAAUCCAUAGAAGAAUUAAAGGACAACUUCAGAUUGAUGUGCACUAAUGCCAUGAUCUACAACAAACCAGAGACUAUUUAUUAUAAAGCUGCAAAGAAACUACUGCACUCAGGGAUGAAAAUACUUAGCCAGGAGAGAAUACAGAGCCUAAAACAGAGUAUAGAUUUCAUGGCAGACCUGCAGCAAAGCAGAAAGCAAAAAGAUAAGAUGGAAUUACAGCCAAAUGGUGAGGAUGACAAUCUUCUUGGGAAAGACAAAGAAGAAUCUAUGGAAGCUGACAUCAAAGCAUUCAAAACGCCCAACAAGGAGCAUAAAAAGAAAGACAAAGAUCUACUUGAAGAAAAAUUAAGGAAUAACAACUUAGAAAGGGAACAGGAGCAGAUUGAUCGUAUCAUUAGAGAAUCUGGAGGAAAGUUAACAAGAAGACUUGUGAACAGUCAGUGUGAGUUUGAAAGAAGAAAACCAGAUGGUACAACAACACUGGGACUUCUUAAUCCAUUUGACCCUAAUGCAGGAGAACCAGGUUACAGCCCUGUGAAGUUAGGUAUGACAGCUGGAAGACUACAGUCAGGAGUUAAUACAUUACAGGGGUUCAAGGAAGACAAAAGGAACAAAGUUACUCCAGUGGUAUACUUGAAUUAUGGUCCCUACAGUUCCUAUGCUCCAGCCUAUGACUCCACAUUUGCAAACAUCAGCAAGGAUGAUUCUGACUUAAUCUAUUCAACGUACGGGGAAGAUUCUAAUCCAGAGUGUUUCAGUAUUCAUGAUUUUUUGGCAAAGUCUCAAGACUACCCAUGUGUAAUGGCUGAUGGUUUGCUGGAUGUUUUAACUAAAGGGGGACAUUCUAGAUCUCUGAGAGAACUAGAAACGCCAAUGAUGGAUGCAGAAGGUCAGCAUGGAAGAAGUGAUACAAUAAAAGAUGUGGAGAUUAUAGAAACAGAUGCGGCCAACAAGUUGGACUCUAAUAACGAUAGGCUUACAGCACUGAAAGCAGUAACAAAUUUUGGAAUUCAUGUAGAGGAAUUUGACUCUGAAGAGGCUGAAAUCUUCCAGAAGAAACUUGAUGAAACCACGAAGUUACUCAGAGAGCUCCAAGAUGCUCAAAAUGAACGACUGAGUACAAAACCACCUCCCAAUAUGAUUUGUCUUUUGGGUCCAUCUUACAAAGAAAUGCAUCUGGCGGAGAGAGUGACCAAUAAUUUAAAAGAACUCGCGCAACAAGUGACUCCAGGCGACAUUGUAAGCACGUAUGGAAUCCGAAAAGCAAUGGGAAUUUCAGUUCCUGUACCGGACACUGAAGCCAGCUUUGUGGAUUUAACAGAUGAUUGUCAAGAAUCUAAAAAGGCUGCCACCUUCAGUGGAAAUGAAUCUGGUCCAAUUGGAAUUUGAAACGUCAGUUGUUUUAUGUUAUAUAUUUCUAUUGGGUCCUAUUAAACUACUAGAUUUAAAUUUUGUUCAGGAUGUAUUCACUGAACAUUUGUACAUUGUGAGUUAGAGGAAAUAUUUUGUCUAUUAAAUUUUGGAACUCAAACUAAAUCAAAGGUCAUGAUGGUUUCAUGUUAGACAUCAGUUACUUCUAAUGCAUACACAUCUGAUCGUGAAUUUGGAUGGACUAACUCAUCAUUUUUAAGGAAUACAUCAGACUAUCUACAGCCUCAGGUGUCUCUUGCUGCAUGAAUGUUAGUUUUAUAUUUUGAAAAAGUUCUCUUUGCAAUAAUAAAAGGGCUAGAGCCUGAAAUGCUUGUAGAGGCUAGAGCCCAACGUAAUUGUGGCUACAUAAUGAUCUGCCUAUACCACUACUUAUCCAGCAAUAUUCCAGAGCCAUUUACAAACUUUCAGAUUGGGCCCACUUGAAAAUUUCAGCACUUGAAUGCAUGCAAACUUCCUUUUGAAUAAGUAUACAGCCUUCAUGGGCGCAAAGGAGAUACAGCUUUCUAAAUAGAAGCUGAUGUAAUUUAAAUGAUAAUUAGCGGAAGAUGCUAUAUUGAGGCUGUAUAAAUGUAGCCUAGGCUUCUUUCAUGACCUUGCUCGGUUUAUAAAAACUCUAGUUGGUUAAAAGUGAUGAUGUUUCUGCUACUUAUUGCAGCUAUCAGGAUUAUAGGUUAAGAAUGACUAGCCAAGAUGCGAUUUAUAGGGCAAGUGUCAGAUAGGCAAAAUGGAUUACUCUUCUGAGUAAGGUCAUUAAACAGUGACAUUAACAAAUCUCUUGCCAAAAGGUUCCAUAAACUUUAAGAGGGCUUGACCACUUUAAGUUUCAAACUCCCAGACUGUGGACUCCGCUAAAAUAGUCACCUGGGAAGUACCUGCUAAUGAAGCUGGACAUCCUUAAAUCAGUUGGAAUCGCUGAGCUGGUGUGGGAGAGAGACAAGAAAAGUAUAUACUGUACCAGUUAAAUUUUAAUGGCUGCCAUUCUCCACUGAUCCUUAGUCAGCAAAGUAGACUAAGUUGAGGAUGAGUGAGACCUGCCAGCCCCCAGCAUCACUCUGAUUAAUUAUGUCCCGCUUCUUUUCCCAAGGUAGGUUUGCACUGUCAUUGCAUAUCAUGGGCCCACUCCUUCUCACAGCCACCAGAUUUUCCCAAGUCCUGCAAUAAUACAUUGUUUAUUCCUCUUUACUUUGGGAAUACAAUUUCCCCUCUCACCUUUUGUCUCAUACCUGUCUCAGGUUCCCAGCAGCCCUCAACCAUCUUGACAAGGAAAUACUUGAAGGGCACCUAAUCAGCAAUUACACAGUUAGUGGAGAUGGGCUGCACAUGAUCUAAGUGAAUUGGUAGAUGGUUGAAGUUAAGUGGUUGUGUGAAUUUACUUUGGAGUGUUCAAGUGCUCUACUCUGACAGCUCUACCAGAAAUGCUGUAUGGCUAGACAUGCAGUUACUCCAUACUCUAAAUUAGAGUAUUUGCUUAGAUACAUAGUGCAGUAGGAGAUUAGAGGCCUCAGCCCACUCUGGAUAAAUUAGAGAAACUACUCUCCAGUUCUCAAAAGAUCAACCAUGAGUUCAUGACUACAUAUUUUCAAGUGAAGAUUUCUCUUACAUGCACUGAGUUGUUCAAGAUGCAUUACAGGUUAAUGAAAUAUGGAAGGAAAAAAUAUGAAGGCUCAUGUAGGAAUCUGCUUUAGAUGUUACAUUCCAACAAAUAAUUACAAAGCAAGCAAAGUUUCAGAAAGGUCUUUAUUUUAAAGUAAAAAAAAGUUUGUUCUUUCUGUGCAGUAGAUAACUUACUCCAUCAUUAAAAGUUACAGUAUACCAUCAGCUUUAAAUUAGAUAAAAUGGCAUUUUGUGUUUAAAGACUUUUCAGUUUUUAAAUACAAUAAUUCCUCAAUUUUCUAGACUUUUUUUUUUAAAGUCCUAAUAGGCAAGUUUCACAGUUCUGGUAAAAGCAUUCUAUAUUGUUAAGGCUCCAUUUAAGACUUUAGCCAAAGAAAUGACCCUUCUCACACCCAAUCUAAUCAUUUUAAAAAAUAUUAAGUCACUCCAGGUGUCGUCCCCCCUACCAUAUUCAUGGCCUUACACUCACUUUCCAAUGUUUCUGUGGGUGAGUCUUUCAUCUAACAAGGUGAAUUGAGGAUACAAAGUGCUGUUAAAUACUCUACAAAAUUUCAAAGAGCAGUAUGACUUAAGUUGAUAAUGUCCCUUUCAGAUCAUACAGCAAUACAACCGGCAACAGAAGGACAAUCCUACUUCAUCUAGUCCAAGAGCUACAAGCUACUGAAAAAUACUUUACACCACUUCCGUAAUUGAGACCAAGCUACACCCAAGCAGCAUGUUAUUAGCUUGAAUAGCAAUACAAAGCAGUUCAGAAUGUUGUUAGAUAGGGUUUAGUUCCACAAUCCUAAUUACAUCUAAAUCUCUAGCACUGUUGUGGACAGUGCCAUCAUUUCAGAACCGGCUCUAUCCAUAAGCGAACUUCAUGAUUCAAAAUCUUGAGGCAGUAUGGUCUGUCAAACUGAAGUACUGUAUCAAAGGCUGCUGAAUGAAGCCUUCUAUUCAGAAGCAUUCAAGCCUCUUAUAAAAACAAAAUAAAUUAACAUCUCAAAACACAUGCUUGUUAAAUGUCUACCAUCACAAAUACACAAUGUAAAAGCAAUAGGGAACUGAAAGCUAUUUGACAGAAAUAUACAAAAGGAUACUAAAUUAUACUGACCUUUUUUAUUAGCACAAAGUUUAAGUAUUAAACUAGUUAAUAUAUUAUGAAUCUGCUGACAGAAAGGAAACAGCCAACCUCAAACUACAGUUGUCUAAUAUACUACUUCCUGUAGGAGACUGCAGCAAAAGUAGUUUUGACCCCCCCCCCCCCCACUAAGGCUUUAAAAACUAAGUUUUUACGCCACAGUAGGACAUUACUCAGAUUUGUUCCUGUCAUGGAACAUAGGCACUUUCCAAGAAAUUACACAGUAAUUAGAAAACAGCAGUGGUGCAGGCAACAACGCUUGUUAAAGAGACCAUUUGGAGUCAUAUGCCCUCAUACUAAAAUUGAAAUAUUAGCAAAUGCUGCUUUGGGUGGUGUAAUAAAUCAUCAUCUGAACAUAGCACUUUAUACUGAACAAAAUAACACUUGGAUUUAUUUUAACCACUUUACUUUCUAGUCACAAUAUAUACAGGGAAUGGAGGGGGAAAAAUCCUUUCCUGAUAAAUGUUUAUAAUUAAACACCGGCUGUUAGUGUCUCAGAAAGAAAGAUCUCUUCCUCACAACCCAAGUUUUGUAGGAGUAUGUCUUGACAUGAUUAUGUAUAGUAGAAAGUUGUUAGUUGAAAAUUUAAAGCCAUAGCUAAAACUAAUUACACUCACCUGAAUAAACUUUAAAGGAAAAAUGUGAACAUUAAACAAAUAGAAGUGGACUUACUAUAAAUAACUAACACCCACCCUGGAAUAAACUAAGUGGAGUAGCUCUCAGGAGUAUGAUUCUAUUAUGCAGGCCAUGAUGAAACAUUUCCACUAUAAAAGUGAUUUUUUUCACACAUCCUUCUGUAAUAUUAAAUAAUAAAAUCCUUUAGUUUUAUAACCUGUGUUGUCUUUUAAAAGGAGCAAGGCUUUAAACAAACCCAGCCAGCGACAUGUGAAUCGCAUAGGACAAUCAGAUAAAAUUCAGGGUUGUGCUAUAUAUAAAACAGUUACCUAAAUUGAGCAUACAAAACGUAUGCACAGAUACAGAGUAAUUAGAGGCACAAAAUACAAGUUGAAUGAACACCAUAUUGGCUAUCCUGUUUUGAAAGUUUGUCCCUUGGCUCAUUGCACUAACUCAGAUUAAAGAAAAAACAUUUUUAUUUGACCUAUCGUAAAAUAGCUAUAAUAAAGUAUAUCAGAUUGUACCUAGUUCAAAAAAAAAUUUUUGCCAAGAAUUUCAAUAAAGAUGUACUCCUUAUUCAUGUUGGUCCUACUACUAAAAUGUUGUGUGCUCCGGUUCUAAAGCCUAAAGCUGAAUACUUGUAUUUUUCUUAAAAAUUAAUGUACAUCUAUAUCUUUACUUUCCUUGUGAGAUACACACCUCACGAGCGGUAAAAUGCUGAAGAUCAGCUGUAUCCUUACUCUACAGAGAAAUAGUGGCCCCAAGUCACAUUUGCCUCAAGUUUUUUUGAACCUAUGCAAUAUGGAGCUCAGUUUGAUUAGCUAUUAUUUCCAGAGCUGUCCCAACCCUUUAAAGAAUGCUAGUGCAAAAUGGUCAAAAGAAAAACAUGUUGAGGGCAUUAAUUCCACAGAGAACAUAACAGGAAAAAAUAUGUAUUGAGAACACUGACAAACUUCUGAAGAUAUCAGACAUGUCAAAUGUUUAGAAACAUGCACAGCUCUGAGAACAGAGGCGUAGGUAAUUAGUUUGGAAAGGUUGUCAAAGGGGUAAGUGCCACCUAGGUUCAAGUUUGCCUCAGGUCACAAAUUGGAAAAAUAAAUAAAUUUGGUCUUGUAUUUGCCUUUAUCACAAAAACACUACACAUUGGGCCAUCCUGAUUAUCACUACAAAAGUUUUUUUUUCCUCCUGCUGAUAAUAGCCCACCUUCAUUGAUUAGUCUCGUUAGAGUUGGUAUAGUAAUACCAUUUUUUCAUGUUCUCUGUGUAUAUAUAUCUUCCUACUGUAUUUUCCAUUGCAUGCAUCCGAUGAAGUGGGUCUUAGCCCAUGAAAGCUUAUGCCCAAAUAAAUUUGUUAGUCUUUAAGGUG